UUCUGUACAUCGCUGUCGCCCUUUACAUGAGACUGAGUUACAUUUUAUCCAGAAUUAGACGCUUAAGAAUAGCCCCCCUUUUUUUUAAAAGCAGCUUUUGAAGUCAGUGUAGGUCGCAGAGGCAGACACGGUGUUCCAUAGGUUUCCGUCCCUUCACUUUAAGGUGUCACACCGGAAGUGCCACGUGUAUUGAGUGCGCAUGUGCGGGCACUCCAGGGCCGCUUUGGUUUCCGCUGGCGACUUUCCCUUGGGUCGGGCGGCAGCGACGUGUGUGCGCGCGCGCGCGGUGGAGGCAGCGUCACAAUCGGAGGCGGGAGCUGUUUGAUAGGGGGAGGGUCACAGAGCCGGUCCCGUUCCGGUGCGGCCAUGUCUGGGGGCAGCGGCGGUUAUAGCGUUGGCGGUGGGCCCCCCCUUAUUAACGCCGGGCAUGGGGCCCCGCCAGCCUGCCACAACGGCCCUUUGAUGAAUCAACACCCUGCAGUCCCUGGUGAGCAAGGAUAUAGAAUGGCUCCACCAGCACCAUAUUCACAGCAACAACCAGCAAAGAACUUUCCACAACCUGGUAGUGAACAGCAUCUUGGUAAUUUUCAGACCUUUGGGCAGACUGCCAGCAGACCUCUAUUAAAUGCUGUCCAAUUACAGAAGGGUACUUCUGAUGGACAAAGUGUACCUAUGGUUGCAUAUCCAGGUUCUUAUUCAAGAAUGCCACUGCCUUCUCAAGGUUCAUUUACACCUGCAACAUCUAGCAGUGUUCUCCCUGGAGCCUCAGUACUUCCACAGCCCAGCUGGCAAUAUGGUCCUCUGCAACAGUCACAUCCUGUCAGCCAGCUUCCAGGAGUGCAAGCAAACCAUGUUAUUUCAGCUGCAGGGACUGGUCAGGGACGAUCACCUUCAGAGCCCUUGACCAAUGCCUAUGGAAUUGUUGGUCCAAAGCCAGCUAUGGGUAAUCAAUAUGAAAGUACACUUGGAGGAACAUUUGGUCAGAACUACACAAACCAAGGUAAGUCAGAAUUUUUUCUUCUGUUUCCCUGAUAUUUCAAUAUUAAA